AUGGACGUGGAAACCCCCACGAAACGUGCUCAGGAUCCCAGCACCCCUACCCAGAAACGCGCAUCCACCCCCGACACCGGCAGUGUCAGAAGCACCAUCGAACAACGGCGCGCACGUAGAGAACAAUUCCGCAACUUCUAUGGCCUUAAAGGCGAAGGGUUCAAGGGCGGAGUUCCAAACGGGGACAGUCUAGACAUCGAUUCACCAGGAUUCAAAGCUGGCGUAUACUAUGAAGACCUCGUCCUUCGGUCUGACCUGGGCACUCUUAUGAAGACUGCUUCGUCCCUGGCUUCAGAUAUCGGCGCUCUGCAGGGCUCGCGUCACUCUCUGGUCUACAACCACCAUCAUCAACUCUUUGCUGCCGGCGAUACCAUAUCAAACCUCAACGUCCGCACACCACAGCUCCUCUCAGUCGUCACAAACCUCCAACAAUCCUUCUCCUCAAUAUCACAACUAGCAGACUCUGUAGCCCUCCCACAGGAGAUAGGCGGAGGGGUUAACAAUGACGCCCGUAGGAAACGACAAGCAGAAAGGUGCAUCAAAAGGCUACGUCUGAUGUGUGAAGCGAAAGCACCGUCGCAGGAUAUUGCGGCAUAUCUGCACAGUGUGGAUGAAUUACUAGGAGAGGCCGCAAAGCAUGAUCCCUCAAUCGAGAGUGCUCUCAAGGAAUUAAGAGGUUCGGUGCCAAAUGCCUGA